AAAAUGUUUGGGGGGGAUUAUGAAAACCUCAACGUUAAUUUGGAUCUUCUUCUUCCAGCAUAAAACGUUUGGUGGACAAAAUGAGACAAAGAAGGAGUGGAAGAUUUUACAUGUAAACAGUCCACACUAUGGUUAUGGUGCUGGCGCUGAUGCUCUGCUGUGCCACUGUGAGCGAAGCCUGUCUGCAGUGUGACCGCAGCAUCAGGAGCAUGCAUGAAGAGUUCACUCUCACUGGCCCAACUCCUGCUGUCCAGAUUGACCUGCAAAAAAUUACCAAUCAGGCUUAUGCGAAUUACAAGGAUACCAGCCUUUCUUUGAAGGGCAUCAUAGAUCCCACCACCUUGUACAGAGUCAAAACGGAGUACCAGAGUGAGUUUAACAGCUUCCUGAAAACAGGCCGCACGGGAUCUAUUACAAUGGCAGCCAUUACUAUUAUGGACAAAGGCAGGCAAAUCUUAAAAAAACACUUGGAAGUGUUCAUCAGGGACGGAUUGUGUCCAAACAAGUGUGGGCUCCUGCAAAGACGAGUAAUGGAUUGCAUCACAUGCAACUACAAGAUGCACAUCUGUCCAUCUCCAUCUGGCCGAGAGGAUUGUGGCGAAUACCCGGUGGUGGCUAAGGAGGAAGGUCAGGCUGUUCUGGACUGCUACCAACCAUGGCAUUCUCUUCUGUUGGGGAGCCGAGAGUACCACUACUCCUGGGCCCCUGCUGUGCCGAGAGACAAGCUCAGUGGGAGUGACUUUAAAAACUUGGUAGUGAUGGAAGACGCGUUCAUGGUGUUGAAUCAGCUCCGAUUGGACGAACAAGGGAGAUACCAGUGCUCCCUGCGGGCCAAGAAUGGAACCCUGUUCUACCAAGUUGCAUACCUCCUCAAGGUCACUCCAAAGCUGAUUCAAAAGUCCCGACCUAUCAUGACGCUGCCUUCACUGGCUCCUGGCGAUUUUCAACACUCUGUUGGCGUGCUGAUGCCGCUUAUGGCUGUGGUUACUACUCUGAGUCUGGCAGGGAGCCUUUUCUUUGCUUAUUUCCUAGGAAAGAUGCUGUUAGAGCAAAGAACCAAAGGGCAGACAACGAGGAGGAAAGAUGAGGAAGAAGGCUCAGCAGCGGCUGCACUUCCUGAGAGUCCUCAAGUACAACCUGGACUCUAACCUGCUGCUGACCUUCUACCGCUCAUCCAUUGAGAGCCUGCUGACAUACUGCAUCACAGCAUGGUACGGCAGCUGCACCGUUGCAGACAAGGAGAGGCUCCAGAGAGUGGUGAAGGCAGCACAGCGGAUCAUCGGCUGCCCUCUCCCCUCCCUGACAGACAUUUACACCUCCCGCUGCCUCAGCAGAGCUACCAACAUUAUCAAGGACAGCUCCCACCCUGGCUUUGACCUGUUUGACCUGCUACCCUCAGGAAGGCGCCACAGGGUCAUCAGGUCUAAGACAGAGACUUAAGAACAGUUUUUUCCCUAAAGUCAUAACCACAGUGAACUCUCAUAGGCACUGAUUUAAUAGUUUAGCACCUCUCUGUGUGCAAUUUUUACUUUCCACCCACAGUCUGAAUGCUUCUGUAUAUAUGUAUAUAGUUUAAUAUUUUAUAUUUAAACAUUCAGAACAUUCGUUCUCAGGACUGGACUGUGCACCUUACCUCCUUUUGCACUAUUUAUUUUCUUUCCUUCCUAUGUUUUGCAUAUUUAUAGACUGUCGCACUGAUACUGGAGUUGCUUUUAAUCUCAUUGUACCGGUGUAUAGUGACA